AUGUCGUACAGUGAGGCUCCACCACCACCACCACUACCAAAUGAAAUCAGUCCUCCUCCACAUGCUGUGGAAAAAGAGGGGGAUGAUGACUGGGGAGAAGAUAAAACUGAGGAAGCUCAAAGGCGCAGAAUGGAUGAAAUGAAAAUUGUUGCUGAAGCAGAAAGAUGGGACAUAAAAGUCAUGAGCCCUCUUGUUUUGACUGAAGUUCUUUUUAAUGAGAAGAUUAGGGGUCAAAUUAAGAAUUACAGGCGCUAUUUCCUAGAAUUUUGUUGUAACAACAAAAAGGCUCAACGGUACCUUCUUCACGGUUUGGAGGGUGUGGUAGCCAUGCAUCAAGCUCAGCUCAUCUCCAAGAUUCCACAUAUCUUGAAGGAGAUGUAUGACACAGACCUUUUGAAAGAAGAAGUCAUCAUCAGCUGGUUGGAAAAUGCCUCUAAGAAAUAUGUCUCAAAGGAACUUGUCAAAGAGAUUCGUGUCAAAGCAGAGCCAUUUAUAAAGUGGUUGAAGGAAGCAGAGGAGGAAUUUUCUAGUGGUGAAGAGGAAGAUGAAGAUGAGAACACUGAGGUGGUACACUCGAAGACUGCCAGUGUACCUAAAGUUGAAACGGUGAAGUCUGACAACAAGGAUGAUGACAUUGACAUUGAUGCUAUUUAAAGUGAUGGAUGCAACCUAGCUUAACAGUGUAAUACUGCAAAUUUUUCUGCAUUAUCAGCCAGAAGUGCAACAUGUAUGUGCAAAAGCUAAAAUGGCUUAACAUCAUGCUACACUUCAUACUAAAAAUGUUUUACUGUGAGUGGUCUGUAAUUAAGCCCAAUGAGACAUCUAGGGAGUCCAUA